CCUGUUUGCACAGGAAUGUGCGCCGUGGAGGGGCCAAAAUCUCUCCCAUCGCCUGCACGCUGCGGUCUUGGCAGCUCACGGGCUCUGCCAUCCCUCACAGCAGAAGGUAAAAUGAACAAGAUGAAAAACUUCAAGCGGAGGUUUUCACUCUCGGUUCCUCGGACAGAGACCAUCGAGGAGUCGCUGACGGAGUUCACGGAGCAGUUCAACCAGCUCAACAACCGCAGGAAUGAAGACCUGGCUCAAGGGCACCUGCAACUGGGACACCUGGGCAGGGACUUCCGAGCAGACACCAGCCCCCUCUCCCCCUCCGAGGGCGAAGGCCAGUCUCCGAUGGCCGUGCGCUACCGCAACAACAACCAGCGCCGCUUCUCCAUGGAGGAUGUCAGCAAACGUCUCUCCCUGCCCAUGGACAUCCGCCUGCCCCCCGAGUUCUUGCAGAAGCUGCAGAUGGAGAGCCCAGAGUUCCCCAAGCCCCUCAGCCGGAUGUCCCGACGGGCUUCCCUCUCAGAUAUUGGGUUUGGGAAGCUGGAAACCUAUGUUAAACUGGACAAACUGGGAGAGGGCACUUACGCCACCGUCUUCAAGGGCCGCAGCAAGUUGACGGAAAACCUCGUUGCCCUGAAGGAAAUCCGCCUGGAGCACGAGGAAGGGGCGCCUUGCACGGCCAUACGGGAAGUGUCGCUGCUGAAGAACCUGAAACACGCCAACAUCGUCACCCUGCACGACAUCAUCCACACAGAGCGCUCCCUCACCCUCGUCUUCGAGUACCUGGACAACGACCUCAAACAGUACCUCGAUAACUGUGGGAACCUGAUGAGUGUGCACAACGUGAAGAUCUUCAUGUUCCAGCUGCUACGUGGUCUGGCUUACUGUCACGGGAGAAAGAUCCUGCACCGAGACCUCAAACCCCAGAACCUGCUCAUCAAUGAGAGAGGAGAGCUCAAGCUGGCUGACUUCGGACUAGCCAGAGCCAAGUCAGUCCCUACGAAAACGUAUUCCAAUGAAGUGGUCACACUGUGGUACCGACCCCCUGAUGUCCUGCUGGGAUCUACCGAAUAUUCCACACCCAUCGACAUGUGGGGUGUCGGGUGCAUCCACUACGAGAUGGUCACCGGCCGGCCCAUGUUCCCCGGCUCCACGGUGAAGGAGGAGCUGCACUUGAUCUUCAGGCUGCUGGGAACCCCAACGGAAGACACCUGGCCUGGAAUAACGUCCAACGAGGAGUUUAAGGCUUACAAUUUCAUGCAGUACCGAGCCCAGGCGUUAAUAAAUCACGCCCCAAGGCUGGACUCGGAAGGCAUUGACUUGCUGAUGAACCUCCUCCUGUACGAAGCCAAAGGCCGGAUUUCAGCGGAGGCAGCCCUGCGGCACGCUUACUUCAAGAGCCUGGGAGAGCGGGUGCACCUCCUGCCUGACAACGUCUCCAUCUUCUCCCUGAAAGAGAUCCAGCUUCAGAAGGACCCUGGCUACCGAGGCUCAGCCUUCCAGCAGUCAGCCCGAGGGAAGAACAGGAGGCAGAGUAUAUUUUAAACUUGGAUCUCGUGUUCCCCUUGUCACCAUGGAGAUUAAAGCACUGAGAAAGGAGACGGCAACACGCUCCCACCUGACCCACCGCAGAAUUACUGACUCGAGCAGGACGAUGCUGACGCACCCGUGGCCGCAGGCUCUCCCCGGCCCAUCCCCACAACCACAGCCCCUAGCAGCUGCUCUUGAUGGACCUGUGGCCUUUUUCCCCUCUUGUUUCCAUGUUGCCCCCAUCAGAUGUGAGCUGCCACCCUCUGUGCAGGUGUGAGGGACUGCCCUGGGCAUCGCCCGGAGUGCAGGAUCAUGAGCUGCCCCAGGGAACUGCCCUCGGUGGUGGGUGGGGAGCCGGGCACGGUGCGGGGUUUGUGAGCAGAGAGUGGUAUCUCCAAAGCUGGGCUGUGGAUUGUAGCGUUUGGCCCAGGUGGGUAUGUCUGAAAAACGUUCCUUUGCUCAGACAACCUGCUCUGCACCCCCUAUUUCUUGGGGAGACACUGCAGCCGCGUUACGAGUCGGGGGCAUGACCCAGCCUGGCACCUGAAGCAUGAAAACCAGGGCAGCCCUCCCUUAUUUGCCUGAAUAACCCGUUUUUCUCUCCCCUUCUUUGGUACCUGAAUCCUGACAAGGAUGGAGCAGCUGGGAGAAGGGGGCUUCCCAUUGCUUCCCCCAGCACCUCCCCUCCUUGCCACCACUGUGUUUCCAAGUUGGCUCAGCUGGCUGCUCCCCAGGAGCUGAGAGCAAGGGCCGGUGUACCCCCCCUCGGGUUUCAGGUACCUGCGGGGAGGCAGGAGUGGAGGCAGAGGAGCAUCAGCUCCCAUUGCUGCUCCGAGCCCUUCGGCCAGCCUUUCCCAGGCACCGAUGGAGCAGCCCCUUUGUCAUCGCCGAGCCUGUCACCCCCCCAGCCCGCCGCCCUCUCUGCCAUCAUCACAAGGGGCAGGACACGGUUCCCAGCCGCUGUCUUGGGAGUUCAUCUCCCC